GAGGUUUUGAUCUCCAGCAGCAUCAUGCCUGAACCAGCGAAGUCCGCGCCGCAGAAAGGAUCCAAGAAGGCCGUCACUAAGACCGCCGCGAAAGGAGGAAAGAAGCGCAGAAAGUCCAGGAAGGAGAGUUACGCCAUCUACGUGUACAAAGUGCUGAAGCAGGUUCAUCCUGACACCGGGAUCUCUUCGAAGGCGAUGGGCAUCAUGAACUCUUUCGUGAACGACAUCUUCGAGCGCAUCGCCGGUGAGUCGUCUCGUCUCGCUCACUACAACAAGCGCUCCACCAUCACUUCCCGAGAGAUCCAGACCGCCGUGCGUUUGCUGCUGCCCGGGGAGCUGGCCAAACACGCCGUGUCUGAGGGCACGAAGGCCGUCACCAAGUACACCAGCUCCAAGUAGAGCUCCGCUGCAGCUCUCUCACACAAAGGCUCUUUUAAGAGCCACACAGCUUCUCCUUAAAAGAGCUACUGACAUUUGUAUGGAAAGCUCACGGCGUGAAUGGUUUUAAUUUUAAAGUUUAUGGGUGUUUGGUGUCUCUUCAAAAUGUUAAGUCAACUGGUAUGUUUAAAGUUGGUUAUUUUGCUAAUUAGUUGAACGACUUCUUAAUUGGAG